AUGCUCACUCCUGCACUGCUUCUCGUCGCCACCGCCGCCGUCAGCUCGUAUGCGUCGCCGUACUACGCAAAUACAUCGGCUGUUGAGCCGCACAAUCUGUACAAGCGCAUCAGCUCUGGCUGUUCUGCGACGACUACGAAGAGCUGCUCGAGCAGCGCGUCGGGAACUUGCUGCUUCGAGGCACCAGGCGGUCUACUUGUUCAGCCUCAGUUCUGGGACACGGAUCCCAUCACUGGUCCGGCUAAUAGUUGGACCAUCCACGGACUCUGGCCCGACAAGUGUGAUGGUACAUACGAGGAGAACUGCGACUCAUCACGUGACUACACCAACAUCGGUACGCUUCUGAGCAACGCAGGACUGAGCUCCUUGGUCACGUAUAUGGAAGAGUUUUGGGUCAGUAAUUCUGGCACAGCCGAGUCGCUCUGGGAGCACGAAUGGGCGACGCACGGUACUUGCUACAGCACUCUUGAGACAUCCUGCCUCCCAUCUGGCAGCACGAAGGGUGCCGAAGCCGUUGCCUUCUUCCAGACGACUGUGAACCUGUUCAAGAGCCUCCCGACGUAUACCUGGCUGGCGAACGCCGGUAUCACGCCCAGCACAAGCAAAACCUACACGCUCGCGCAGUUGCAGAGUGCGAUCAAAUCUGCGUGGGGCCAUACUCCCGCGUUUGAUUGCGAUGGCUCGGACGUGUACCAGAUCUACUACUACUACUAUCUCGAAGGCUCUGUCAUUGACGGGACCUUCGUCCCCAUCGACGCCCCGUCCUUUGAGUCGGGCUCGUGCAGCUCCUCGGCAGCACUGAAGUACUUACCCAAGACGGGCGACACGACAACAGUAGGCGGUUCGACGCCAACCACAACCACAAAGGGCUCGACAACGACAGCUUCCUCGCCGACGUCAACUUCGACGGGGACUGCCGGCAGCAUUCCCUCGAAGGCGACCAUCAGCGCAAUCACGUCAUCUGGCAACACGCUCGGUGGCUUGCUUUCGUAUGGCACCUGGUCAACGCAAACUCCCGGAACGUAUACCCUCAGCGGCACCGUCAGUUCUUUCCAGAUCUCUUCCUCGAAGGGAACGUGCGGGGUGUCUAGCGGCACCUUCUCCUGCGGUAGUGGCGUAAGUUCAAGCUUCUCCGCCAUAUCUUCCGGGAGCAACACGCUACUUGCAUACUCGGGCAGCACUGCGUUCUCGAGCGACGCCUCUCCCAGCGGAUCCACCCAGGAGACUGUCUACACCGGCUCGAGCCAUAGCCAAAAGUACACGCUUGCGCUGAUCUCUACAUGA